GGGCUCAAAACCUGGCUCUGUACUCCACUCAAGAAUGUCGACGGUAAAGCUCAACGACGGUAACCAGAUCCCUUGGCUCGGCUUUGGCACUGGGACUGCUCUCUACAACAAGGACGCGACGGACAACGUUCGCCUCGCUCUGGACAAUGGCGUAGUCCAUUUGGACGGUGCUCAGGUCUACGGUAACGAAGAGUCCAUUGGAGCCGCUAUCAAAGCCACUGGGAAACCCCGCUCCGAGCUAUUCAUCACCACCAAGCUCAAACCUGGUCUCGGAUUCGCCCCUGGUCAGAGUGUAAAAGAGACCUUGCAGGAAUCCCUGAAGAAACUCGGCAUUGAUUAUGUUGACCUGUUCCUCGUUCACAGCCCUUCUCCCGCCAAUAAGGAAGGCAGGCUGCAGGACCUUUGGCGUCAGGUGGAAGGCAUGAAGCGCGACGGACUGGCCAAGUCGAUUGGUGUUUCCAACUUCCGUGUCGAGGACUUGAACACUAUUCUCAGCACCGCCGAAAUUGUGCCCGCCGUUAACCAGAUUGAACUCCAUCCUUACGUCUGGAAGCAAGCGGAGCCUAUCUACAACUUGAACAAGGAGAAGGGAAUUGUCACUGCCAGUUACAGCGGCUUGACUCCUUUGACUCAUGCUGUUGGAGGACCCUUGGACGCCGUUUUGCCCGACAUCCGCGCCAGGUUGGAGAAAGCAAGAGGGGCUCCGGUUUCUACUGGCCAGGUCUUGACUAAAUGGCUUUUGCAAAAGGGCGUGGUCGUUAUCACAACCACGAGCAAAGCCGAGCGUAUCAAGGAAUUCCAGGACGCCGAGAAGAUUCCUGAUUUGACUCAAGAAGAGAUUGAUGCUAUUCAGCGUGAAGGCGCCAAGUUGUACAAGCGUGUCUACAUGCGCGAUGUCUUUGAGUAAAUUUGUAACUUGAAGAAAUCAAAUUCCAUCCCCAAUAACCAUUGUACAUUACCUUAUACCGAAAGGAAUGCAAAUAUUAAGAGCUCAGAGCCCGCCAUUCGCUUCCUCGCUCCCAAACUUAUUGUCGACAGCCU